UUGGCUCCGCACAGGCAGCCAGGCGGCGCUCCUGCCGGCUCAGGGCGCGCCGCUAGCCCGGCCCAGCGCCCAGCCCGGCGGGCGAGCCGGCGCAGGGGCAGGAGGAGGGGAGCCGCACGCCGGGAGGGAAGCCGGGGCGCGGCGAGGAGGUGGCGGGAGGAGGAGACAGCGCGGAAAGGUGCCACAUAAAGGAGGGCGCUCCUCCGCGCUGGAGGCAUCAUGGCCGCUAAGUCAGACGGGAGGCUGAAGAUGAAGAAGGGCAGCGACGUGGCGUUCACCCCACUGCAGAACUCGGACCACUCGGGCUCGGUGCAGGGACUGGCGCCCGGCCUGCCGUCGGGGUCGGGGGCCGAGGACGAGGAGGCGGCCGGGGGCGCCUGCUGCCCGGACGGCUCGCGCUGCUGCUGCUGCUGCUGCUGCGCCGGGAGCGGCGGCUCGGGCGGCGGCUCCGGGGGCUCGGGCGGCCCGGGCGGCGUCUCCGGGCCGGGCUCGGCGGCGCUGUGCCUGCGCCUGGGCCCGGAACAGCGGCGCUACUCGCUGUGGGACUGCCUCUGGAUCCUGGCGGCCGUGGCCGUGUACUUCGCGGACGUGGGCACUGACAUCUGGCUCGCCGUGGACUACUACUUGCGCGGCCAGCGCUGGUGGUUCGGGCUCACGCUCUUCUUCGUGGUGCUGGGCUCGCUCUCGGUGCAGGUGUUCAGCUUCCGCUGGUUCGUGCACGAUUUCAGCACCGAGGACAGCGCCACGGCCGCCGCCGGCUGCGCGCAGCCCGGGGCCGAGGGCAAGACCGCGGUGGGCGGCGGGGCCGCGGCCGCGGAAGGCGAGGCUCGCCCCUCCACGCCGCAGAGGCAGGCGUCCAGCGCCGGCAAGGGCCACGUCGCCGCCACCAACAGCGGCAGCAACAGCAGCGGGGCCGCCCGGGCCGGCGGCAAACCCAGGUCUGCGUCCUGUUCCUUCUGCAUCUGGCUCCUGCAGUCACUCACCCACAUCUUGCAGCUUGGGCAGUUCUGGAGGUAUUUCCACACGAUAUACCUAGGUAUUCGAAGUCGGCAGAGCGGGGAGAACGACCGGUGGAGGUUCUACUGGAAGAUGGUGUAUGAGUACGCAGACGUGAGCAUGCUGCACCUACUGGCCACCUUCUUGGAGAGCGCCCCCCAGCUGGUGCUGCAGCUCUGCAUUAUCGUGCAGACGCACAGCCUGCAGGCCCUGCAAGGUAAGGGCUCCAGUUCGCUCCCUGCACCUGGGGAAGGACUGUCUGGCUCCUUUGUCACAACCCAAGGACCGUUCCAAUAGCCUUUGUUGACGCCGGUCACGGUGCUCCUGGUUAAUGUUGGCUGCUUGACACCUGCAUUUGUGAACGAGGCUUAUUUUCUUCCUCGCCUUCACUUAUCAUGGGUAAUUUACGGAAAGACAAUUCUGUUUUGCUCUCGAGCUGCCCUCUGAGUAGGAAAAAAAUCCUUAUGAUUUUACACUUGGUCAAUAUGAGAACAGAAUCAACUGAAGUUUUCUGGUUUGUAUGAUAAUUUCCAAACAUUUCAAGAAAGACUUAUGGUCUUCUCUCUCUUGAAUGUUUUAUGUAUAUUAGAUAUUAUGUACAUCAUAUAUGUAAAUUUUUAUAUAUAUUUGAAUAUGAGGGUAAUCUCUACCAUUUCCUUUUGACAUUAAGAGACAAAGGGAGAGAGAGAUUAAAAAGAAAUGAUAAAAAUUACCUUAAUAUUUUUAAAAACAAGGUCACAUGGGAAAAUGUCAAUAUUAAACAAUGUAUUGUUUGUGUAGUACAAAGUUUUAUGAAACAAAUAUUACCGUCAGAUUAAUAUUUUUGUGUUUUACUAUCUUGUUGGAUCACCUUGUCAGUAAGAUGAUUCAAUUAAUAACAGAUCUGCCCUGCCAUUUCCUUAGGGCCUGCUGCUCCAAUCUUUUCAGAAGCAAGAAGAUUAGACAGGCCAGUGGGUAGACAGGUGAAUAUAUGUGGAGGAUGAUGGAUACGUAGCCAUGUUCUAAAUAGUUUCCUGGUAAUAUGUCCAUCCUGUAAUUGAUAGAUAUUAAACAGAUAACAUUC